AUGUCCGUCAUGUUGCAGACCCCUUCCCGAGCCUCUACUGCCUCCUCCUCGUCGUUCCAACCUAUAUCACGCCAAAACACCAUGUCUUCCUACGACGGUUCGCGCUCUGCGCGCCAAUCCAAGCGCUACUCCAUGUCGGCCUUGUACAUGUCCAUCUCGGCCAACGAAGGAGACCUUCAAAUUGAGGAUGACCUCGCUAAAGCGCAAAAAGCACUUCGUGAUCUCAAGUCCAAGAUCUCAUCUCAGUCCAAGAAGAACUUCGUUCUUGAGAAGGAUGUGCGAUAUCUUGAUUCGCGAAUUGCGCUACUUAUUCAGAAUCGUAUGGCUUUGGAAGAGCAAAAUGAAGUCGCGAGCCAUCUCGAGGAUGCUCUCGAGAUGCAGCAAGGUGUCUUUCCCAACGACGACAAGACGCAAAAAUACGGCAACCUCUUGUUUCUUCUGCAAUCCGAGCCCAGGCACAUUGCCCACCUGUGUAGGCUGGUCUCUAUGGCGGAGAUCGACUCUCUGCUGCAGACGGUCAUGUUUACCAUCUACGGAAACCAGUACGAAAGCCGCGAAGAGCAUCUCCUUCUCACUAUGUUUCAGUCUGUUUUGACCUACCAAUUCGACAACACUCCCGACUACUCCUCCCUCCUCCGCGCCAACACCCCCGUUUCUCGAAUGAUGACCACCUACACUCGAAGAGGACCCGGUCAGAGUUUCCUCAAGUCCGUGCUUGCUGAUAGAAUCAAUGGCUUGAUCGAGCUGAGGGACCUGGACCUGGAAAUUAACCCGCUCAAGGUGUAUGAGCGCAUGAUUGAGCAGAUCGAGGAGGAUACCGGCCAGCUGCCUCCUCAUCUUCCCAAGGGAAUUACAGGCGAGCAAGCUGCCGAGAACCCUCAGGUUCAGGCUAUCAUCGAGCCCCGUCUGACGAUGCUGACCGAGAUUGCUAAUGGCUUCUUGACCACCAUCAUUGAGGGGCUUGAGGAGGCGCCAUAUGGCAUUCGAUGGAUCUGCAAGCAGAUCAGGAGUUUGACCAAGCGCAAAUACCCAGAUGCUAACGACCAGGUUAUUUGCACCUUGAUCGGCGGAUUCUUCUUCCUGCGCUUCAUCAACCCAGCCAUCGUCACGCCGAAAUCGUACAUGCUCAUCGAUGGAACCCCGGCCGAGCGACCGCGACGAACCCUGACCUACAUCGCCAAGAUGCUCCAGAACCUCGCAAACAAGCCAUCCUACGCCAAGGAGCCGUACAUGGCCAAGCUUCAGCCGUUCAUCCAUCAGAACAAGGACAGGAUCAACAAGUUCAUGCUCGAUCUUUGCGAAGUCCAGGACUUUUACGAGAGCCUCGAGAUGGACAAUUACGUUGCGCUGUCCAAGAAGGACCUCGAGCUCGAGAUUACUCUCAACGAAGUGUACGCCAUGCACGGAUUGAUCGACAAGCACCAUGACGAACUGUGCAAAGACGAAAGCUCGCAUCUCGCCAUCAUCAUGUCCGAGUUGGGAACAUCGCCAGCCCAAGUGCCGCGCAAGGAGAACAGGGUCAUCAACCUCCCUCUGUUCAGCAGAUGGGAGACGGCCAUCGAUGACCUGACAGCAGCCCUGGAUAUCACGCAGGAGGAAGUGUAUUUUAUGGAAGCCAAGUCCAUCUUUGUGCAGGUUAUGCGAUCGAUUCCUUCCACGAGCAGCGUGGCGCGUCGUCCGCUACGACUCGAGCGCAUCGCAGACGCCGCCGCAACAAGCCGCAACGACGCUGUGAUGGUUCGCAAGGGUAUUCGGGCUAUGGAGCUGUUGUCUCAGCUUCAAGAACUGCGCGUCAUCGACAAGAGCGACCAGUUUGGACUCCUUCGAGAUGAAGUUGAGCAGGAGCUUCAGCAUCUGGGCUCUCUCAAGGAGGGUGUGCUUACCGAGACGGCGAAGCUGCAGGAAGUGUACAAGACGAUCCGAGACCACAACGUCUACCUGAACGGACAGCUCGAGACCUACAAGAGCUACCUGCAUAAUGUGCGAUCGCAGAGUGAGGGCACAAAGAGAAAGCAGCAGAAGCAGCAGGUCCUUGGUCCUUACAAGUUCACUCAUCAGCAACUCGAGAAGGAGGGUGUCAUCCAGAAGAGCAAUGUUCCCGACAACAGACGGGCCAACAUCUACUUCAACUUUACAAGUCCCUUACCGGGAACCUUUGUUAUUUCCUUGCAUUACAAGGGCCGCAACAGGGGUUUGCUCGAACUGGACCUCAAGCUGGAUGACCUGCUUGAGAUGCAAAAGGACAACCAGGACGACUUAGACCUUGAAUACGUCCAGUUCAACGUGCCAAAGGUGCUGGCUCUGCUUAACAAGCGCUUCGCUCGAAAGAAGGGCUGGUAG